UUAUGAGAAUAAAGGUAACUUUUCUGCCGGAGUUUUUUCUGUAUUUGGUAAGGGAUAUAAAGAAUUGAGGUUAAAUUUCAUCAAGCCACUUGAAUCAUAGCCAUCUAUUGUAAUUUGGAAGAGUUCAAAUUCUCUAUUUGAUCUUAAGUACUUCUCUGCUGAGAUUGCAGCUUGAGUGGGCCUAGCAGCAUCCAAAGAAGUCAUUGGUUGUUAGAGAAGCUACUGAAGAAUUCAAAUCCCUUACUAGCAUUGUUAAUAAGAUCAGGUUUGCAUAUGCAAUGGUUAAUCUUAUUGCAUGGCAGAGCUUGAACCUCACAGUAAACUUUUUCUCGACAAAAUACCUGAAACACUCUGAUGGAUGUCCAAGCUUGCCAGUGCAUAUGAAGGUCCAAGUUUGUCCGAUGGAUGAACUUCCUUGCUUUGUGGGAGAUGGCCAAAUUUUAGAAGAUAAUGAAGAUGCCCAGGAGGCUGAAAAUGAUUGUGAUGAUGGUCUAGUAACAGAGAUGGAUACACAAGUUCAUAAUUUUGCCGAAUAUCAGUGUAGCUUUGAAAUGACUGGUGCUCAUGUACAAACCAGAAGGAUGGAAGAUGGUGAUAGUUUUGGAAUUGGGAUGCCUAGGGGCCCCCUCACUCCAAAAAGAAGAGAUCACAAGACUCCUGUUGUUUCUGGUGAUUGUAGUAUAACCAGCACCUUAGGCACUAUAGAAACAGUGGAAGAUAGGGAUACCUUUGAGGUGAGUAAAAAGGGUGAUAGUAAAUUAGGUCAGCAAGGUGAACUGCAAACAUCAGAAGUUGCUGAUGAUGAUCAACAUCGAUCAACUGACGGUCUUCUUUCCUCUCCUGAAGUUGAGAUAAUAAAUUUGUUAACUCCCACUCCUGACCGGAUUGUGUAUUCACGUCGUAAGAAGAGAGCUUAUUCAUUUCUUCCAAAAAUUAUUGACUUAACAGAGUCACCUAACUUUAUUCAAUUAUGAAAUGUUGGA